AUGAGGGUCGGUAUCAGGGUGCAACUUGGCUUGGUCGUCCUGGUGGCCUCUCUUGUUCCAUUGAUAGUGCUUGCUCUUGCUACUUGGUACAACAAUUACAAUUUCACAGUCAACGUCAAGGAGAAUGCACUUAGUCUCACGGCAUCACUCAAAGCUGCUUCAGUUGCUUCCGAUUUACUCUUAAUCCGGGCCACAUGUUCAACAAUCGUCACCAGGAUCCUUAUUCAGCAGGCCAUUCGCAACCUUUACAAAGGAGAGCCUGAUUGGGCAGACGCAAAAGAAGAUGUACAAAGCGCUUUGGCUUCAGGUGGCCUAUCUGCAUUGCUUCAAGUCAAGAUAUUUUCGAGGAAUGAGACGGGCUCGGUCAAUGGUAUAUUGAAUGUCACAGCCAAUGCAUCCGGUAUUGAAAUGCCCUAUGAUAACUUAAACAAUCAGCCUACUUUUCUAGGCGAUGCUGAUCAGGGAUACCCACCGAGUUUGUAUCCGAAUAUAUCGUAUGUUCAAACCACAACUCCCGAUCCAAGUGCUCCAGGGACAAAUUUUACAGAGGUAUCUGCAUUUGCCGAUUACCCACUCAAUCAGAGUGCUGCCCUCUUACUCGGGCCUCUACAGAUCAACAGUACCUAUGCUUUAGUAUCGUUGACAUUACCGAUAAUCGACAAUUCAAACUCCGAUAACGUCUUAGGAUAUAUGACUGUAGUAGCAGCUGCAACUUCAUUGAUUGAUGUUAUUUACUCUCGGGAGGGUUUAGGUAACACAGGAAUAGUGUUGGUAGUUGGAACUAAUCGACGAGACAACCAGUUUCCAUACGCAAUGAGACCAGCUACAGCAACAUACCAGCCCGAUCUCCAUAAUUUGACCAAGGCGACCGUCAAAUAUGUGUUUCCCCCAUAUCCUCUUGCCGGGCAAACCGAUAGGCAUUCGAUCUAUAAUGCAAAUCUAUCUAGAUACGGAACCUCGAACUUUUCCGAAGGUCAAUAUCCGGGCAUUCUACACGGGUUUGGAGAACAAAAUCCUAUGAUCAAUAACGCCAGCAGUUAUAUCACAACAACAAACGAGCAAGGAGUGGAUGUCGCGGUAGGCUGGGCGAGGCCACAGAGCGACCUAGUUGAUUGGCUUCUGAUAGUAGAACAACAUCAUUCCGAAGCUUGGGAGCCCAUCAUCAAGCUUAGAGAUAUCUUACUCGCAUGUGUCUUUGGUACUUUUGGGCUCAUUAUCAUUGUGGCUGUGCCUAUGGCUCAUUUUAGCGUUCGCCCAAUCAGAAGGCUAAGGGAUGCCACGAAAAAAUCCAUUCAGCCACCAGGAUACACUCCGCGUCCAAGUAUAGACGACGAGCCAUAUGGCGAUGAAGGAGUUGGCGAUGAAGAGAUUGGCGAGGGUAAUUCAAACGGGUCGAAGAAAAUGGGAUUUCUGGUUCGACUGAAAAGAUUGACACAUUCAGGACGGCGUAUGUCAAGAGCAGAAAAAUCUGGGGCGGAUAGACGAAGAGAUUUCAAAAUUCCUGGAAAGGUACCAGAUCGAAAACAUUGGAUACAUGACGAACUCACCGAUUUAACCUCGAAGUUUAACGAGAUGAGCGAUGAACUGUUGUCUCAAUAUACGAGUCUCGAAUCCAAGGUUGCUGAACGUACAGAACAGCUGGAACACUCCAAGAAGGCAGCGGAGGCUGCAAAUGAGAGCAAAACACUAUUCAUUGCUAACAUAUCACACGAAUUAAAGACUCCACUCAAUGGCAUUAUUGGGAUGUGUGCGGUGUGCAUGGGCGAAGAUGAUUUGCCAAGUAUCAAACGUUCUUUGAAGACGAUCUACAAAUCUGGUGAUCUGUUGCUCAAUUUACUGAAUGAUCUUUUGACUUUCAGCAAGAAUCAGAUUGGGCAGCAAUUGAACCUAGAAGAAAAAGAGUUCCGUUUGUCUGAUGUCAAAGAGCAGAUCAAGAACAUAUUCCGAAAACAAGUGGACGAAGGCGGUAUUAACUUCGGAGUUCACUUCUUAAGUACCGAAAGUAUGGACCUGACAGAGCAGCCGACCGGAGAGCAAUUGCCAGCUCUGGGCCCUAAUGGCAUUGGUCGGUUGAAGGAUAUGUGUUUAUGGGGAGAUCAACACAGGAUUCUUCAGAUUAUAAUCAAUCUAGUCAGCAACAGUCUCAAAUUCACACCUCCAGGAGGUCAAGUGGAAGUCAGAAUCAGAUGUAUAGGUGAAUUAGAAUCAUCAUCCGACGGUGCUAAUAGCCGAAUAUCUAUGGGAUCGAAGCAGAGCUCACAAAAGAGGAAUGCCAGAACUCGUAAUGGCUCUAGUUCGAAUGCUUCAGGGCAUACUGCAACAUACGCAUCAGGGCAAAUCUCAAGGACAGGAUCCGGUACCAAGGCACCCGGUACUGCACUUAUGAUCAAUCCUAUGGAUCCUAGAGCUCGACUCCAACUCAAUGAAAGAUCGGCAACGCCGCCACCAAAUAAUGCGAGGACUUUGUGGUUUUCAAUAGAAGUCGAGGACACCGGACCUGGUAUCCCCCAGCAUCUCCAGGAGCGAGUCUUCGAGCCUUUCGUACAGGCUGACUUGGGAUUGAACAAGAAAUAUGGAGGAACAGGAUUGGGAUUGAGUAUUUGCUCCCAAUUGGCAGGUCUUAUGGGAGGCUCUAUCUCUCUCGUCAGCACACUCGGAGAAGGAUCCACAUUCAGUGUUCAACUCCCGUUGAAAUUCGUCAAGGAGCGAGCACCAAGUACUUCCAGUUCCGAUGUGAUUGGCUCUCGACCCGCUAGCGUAGUUUCACAGCCAGACGAUCGCCAUACUCCUAAGGGUUCCAUCGAUACGACGACUGCUGUAGGCUCUCCCGGAAAGAGUAGUAAAAGCUAUUCCAUAGAUACUCAACCUCGAUUGGUAGGACUUAGACAACCGUUCUUUGCAUCAUCUCCUCCUCCUCCACCCAACGAAGACAGCGCAAAGACUCAACUCGCUGCAGUCGAUCGUGCUGCCAAAGAGAAAGUAGGUGGGAAGAAGAUACGAGUUUUAGUUGCUGAAGACAAUCUUGUCAAUCAAGAAGUGGUUCUUCGUAUGCUUAAACUUGAGGAUGUGUAUGAUGUGGUAAUCGCCAAGGAUGGCCAGGAGGCAUAUGACAUGGUAAAACAAAGUAUGGAAGAAGGAAAGUUCUUUAACUUGAUCUUUAUGGACAUCCAAAUGCCAAAUCUUGACGGACUCCAAAGUACGAGACUAAUUAGAGAAAUGGGCUAUUCUGCCCCAAUUGUAGCACUUACCGCAUUUGCCGAAGAGAGUAAUGUCAAAGAAUGCUAUGAGUCCGGAAUGAAUCAUUUCCUAAGUAAACCAAUUCGACGACCAGCUCUCAAGCAGGUUCUUAAGAAAUUUGCAACUAUUCCGGAAGAGACAGAAGACUCCCCCCUGACCCGUAAAAACACACCCGAGAAAGGUCAAGCCUCGAAACAAAAACUUACAGAACCGACAUCUACUUCGACAUCCACUCCCUCGUCAGAUUCCGAUACAAACCUCGUCAAAACUAACGGAACUCCUUCACCUCCUUCACCUCCAACCACUACAUAA